UCCCACUCUUGCCAGAUCACUGCAGAUGGAGACACUCAAGCUUUGAAAAACACUUGAAGAGCUACCAUGCCUCACUUUGCGAAACCUCUUUUAAGAAACAUUAUUAUCAGAAAUCUAUUCAACAGCAUGAAGAGGAAGCAAUGUCUCCAGUAUUUGAAAACCCUGAGAACACUGCAAUAUGAUGGGUUUACAACUGUAUAUUUGGGGGAAACUUAUAUCCCUGAGAGUCUUGUAACAGGGGAAGAUUUUAGUGAUGGCUAUUCCAUGCCAACUCCAACUUGGUGUAUUGUGCAUGCUGGUGGUAGUCAAGGAUGGAUGCCUUGGAAAUAUCGGAUGUUCCUAAGGGAUGAGUUAUGCAUCAAACAAGAAGACAGCCUCUUCUCUGAGUUCUGUGAUGUGGCAAAGAAGACCUACGGGAAGUGCACCAUUGUGGUCAAAGACAGAAGGCAGCAGGAUGAGAUGAAGCCAAAGGAAGACAUAGAAUCCGAGGCCCAGGUCCAUGUCCCAUCAGUCCUUAACUUAACGAACAUCACAUGUUGUCCACAGGUGGCCAAGUCCUAUGGCCAUGAACUACUCUCUCUGCCUUCCGCUUACAGUUAUCUGAACCCUCUAGACUCAGCCUGGUCUUCUCUGAAAUGGUUUAUCAUCAAUUACAGAAAGGAGUUUUGUUUGCAGUCCACUGAUGGUGUCUAUUCUUACAAGUAUAUACUCUUCAGUGAUUUAAUUAGCAAAGGGAUUGAAAGGAUGAACCCAAGCAAAUGGAGAACACUAACUAACAAAGUACAAAGAUGGGAAAACUACUAUCUUGGUAAAUUUUCUGAAGUGCGAUUCCUCUAACAGCAGGGCCGUGCUGUGGGCAUGAUCUUUACCAAUUCUGUUGGGUUUGAUUCUGGACCACUGCAGCCAAAGAUACUCCAACAAUGACCUCACAGAGAUGCUGUGAGGACUGCUUCCUAAGGGCAUUGGCAAAGUGCUUAUGGUUUGCUGAAGGUUUCAUUAAAUCUUGUUGGUAAA